CAUGUCUGCUGCUACAGCAUCCUUCUAACCACAGUGCUGCGUGAAGACUUUCCUGGUCAUAUAAGAAAAUAACGGAAUUGACACUUUUGCCGCCGCUGACGGCUAAACGAAGCCAGACGACAACAAGAAACGCACGAGACAUCACAGACAGCGGGAAGCCUGCCUCAUUGUGCUGAAAGCAGAAUGCUCAGUGCCUGGAGACCUGAGGUUGGAAGAGGUUGGCUAAAGAAGUUUUCAGGCAGCAGUAUGACAGGGUCAGUCUAAGCAGAAAAGGAAGAAACUGCGCUGUAGAGGUGUUCUUAAGCAAGACAUUUAACCCUCACACUUCUCCGGCGCAGCUGCAAAACCCAACAGUUGAAGGCUGUGGUUGCAGAAAAUACAAUGGAAAGAAACAGUAAAGGCUGAGAUUGACUGAAGCUCUACCAUGCCUGUGGCCUCCACCAGGACAGAGCCUGUGCCCCAGAUGUUGGACGCAAUGAGCGACAGCACCAAUAGCUCCACCACGGCCAAUGACCUGGACCUCAUCUACCUCAAAGGCAUCAUGGAGAGCCCUCUGGAGCAAGAGGAAAGCCUGAAGGAGCCACGUCUGUCGGCGGUGAGGGAGAACAACGUUGAGCUCUUGCAGGAGAUCCUCAGAGACCUCGACCCCUUCACACAACGCUCCGACACUGCAGCUGAGCUCUCCCGCAUACUCGUACAGCCUCACUUCCAGUCUCUACUGGAGACUCAUGAUUCAGUGGCGUCCCAAGUGUGUGAAAGCCCACCCCCUAGCCCAUGUGACUUUGUGGAUAAUGAUCUGGAGGAUGGCCACACACACACGUUGCACCCGCCACCUGAUGCGAUCCGCAUGGUGGGCAUACGCAAAGUGGCAGGGGAGCAUCUGGGUGUGACAUUCAAGGUGGAGGGUGGUGAGCUGGUGAUAGCCCGCAUCCUCCAUGGAGGGAUGAUAGAUCAGCAAGGACUGCUGCAUGUCGGAGAUAUCAUCAAAGAGGUGAAUGGACGAGAGGUGGGCCAGGACCCCAGGGUGUUGCAGGAGGAGCUGCAAGCCACCAGUGGAAGUGUGGUAUUGAAGAUAUUGCCCAGCUACCAUGAAGCAAUACCACCCAGACAGGUGUUCUUUAAGUGUCACUAUGACUACGAUCCGGCCAAUGACAACUUGAUCCCCUGUAAGGAAGCGGGGUUAAGGUUUGAGACAGGGGACAUCCUGCAGAUAGUCAACCAGGAUGACGUCAACUGGUGGCAGGCACGUCAUGUGGAGGGUGGAAGUGCGGGGCUGAUACCCAGUCAAAUGCUGGAGGAGAAGAGGAAAGCGUUUGUCAAGAGAGAUGUGGAACUGGCACCUGCAGGAAAUCUGUGUACUGGUAUUGGAGGGAAGAAGAAGAAAAAGAUGAUGUAUGUGACCACUAAAAAUGCAGAGUUUGACAGACAUGAGAUAUUGCUCUACGAGGAGGUGGCCAAGGUCCCACCUUUCAAGAGAAAAACUCUGAUUUUGAUUGGUGCCCAGGGUGUGGGGAGACGGAGACUGAAGAACAAUCUUCUUCUGAGGGAUCCACAACUCUUUGGCACCACCAUUCCAUACACCUCCAGAAAGCCCAAAAAGGGGGAGCACGAGAGUCGGAUGUACGCCUUCACCAGCCGCAGCAAGAUGGAGACUGACAUAAAGAACGGGCGCUAUCUUGAACAUGGAGAGUACGACGGCAGCCUGUAUGGAAUCAAGAUUGACUCCAUACAUGAGGUGGUGGAGGCAGGACGUGUCUGCAUACUGGAUGCCAACCCUCAGUCUCUCAAAGUGCUGAGGACCUCCGAGUUCUUGCCGUAUGUGGUGUUCCUUCAAUCUCCAGACUUCGAGGUCCUCAAGGCGAUGAAUCACUCAGCUGUAGAGGCAGAGGUGGUUAAUAAGACACUUACGGAUGAAGAGCUACAGAGGACAUGCAACGAGAGUGCUAAAAUCCAGGCGGCCUACGGUCAGUAUUUUGACCUCAGCAUCAUCAACGACAACCUGGAUGAGACCUACCGCACUGUCAAAGCCGCCCUGGAAACAGUUUCUAAAAACCCCCAGUGGGUCCCUGUCACCUGGGUUUUCUAGAAAGAGGCUGUCGAGAGCAGAGGAGGGAGGGAACGUAAGGAACAAGAAAGACGCAUUGAAAAUAUACCACUGUGUAAAUAAUGGAUAUUCUUAUUUCAAUUUUCAUAAGUUUCCACAGUGAUUAAAUCUGCCUUUAGCAGUAGCUUAGCAUCAGAACAAAACUGUUCUUGCUAUAAAGUAACAGUGUUGCAGGAUAACAUACAGAAUAUUUUCUUGUCUCAUCCAUUAUUUAAACAGGGUUCUAUUUUUCAGUGUAGAAAGUACAGGGAGGAUGGAAUAGAACAAAAACACUAAUGAAGUCCUGAAUGUCAGAAAUUCAGAUUUUACUUGGACACAUCAAGUGUGUGUGUGUGUGUGUUUAUGAGUGUAUGUGUGUCCCUGUUUGUGGCUGGACUUUGGAGUGAAUACUUUUGUAUGUUUCUAAAUGAGUUGUGCCAUUACUGUUGAUCAUCAGCAGACAUUGUCAUUGUUUACAUUUCAUGAGACAGAUCAGCACCCUUAAUCUGCAAGCUAUGGGGGGUAGUAACAUUUACUAGCAAAACCUGAGGCAAGGGCUGUAACUAAAGAUUCUUUUCAAUCAACAUUGAUCUACUGAUUAUUAUUCCAUUUAACUGACCAAAUCUUAAACCUAUUAAAUGUGUCAAAUAAUGACAAACACCCAUCAUAAGAACCCAAACAGAUGUCAAAAUUGUCUAUUUGUUGGUCUGACAGUCCACAAACCCCAAAAGUAUUCAAUUUUUAUAAUAUGAAAUAAAAAAGGCAAGCCAUUUGACACAAUACAUUUUUGAACAUUUGAUACAUGUACACAUGCAACACUGUGCAUGUGAGCAAAUUAUGUAUAAAGCAGAUUAUCUGCAACACAAUCAUGCAGAAGCCACAGGAAUGUAAAAUUAGGUCUUAUUGGAGAAGGUUAUACUUGACAAAUUAAGUGUGAGCGAGUGGCGAGUGACAAGCAAACCUCACAGUUCAUCCACUCUCUGUCAGUGUUGCAAGCGUUGGUUGCCUUUCUUGUUUUUUAUUUAUUGUAGUGACACACACAGACACUCCAAGAACACAAAAAACUUAUAGAGGUGAUAAAAAGACAAAAGCACAACAAUAUGCACAUUAAUAUUAAUAAUAAUAGUAGUAAGAGGAAGAAAAAGCCACAUCUGGAACGAUCUGCGGGGUCUAAUUGGUUGUAUGCAAGUACUGUGAUCACAUCUAACAACCAGGUCACAGUGGAGGACUUGUUAAAAUCUGUAUCAUUAUAACCAAGUCUGUGUGAGAGUUGUUCCCAAAUGUAGUGUCAGCUUUUCACAUGAUACUUGGUUCUCUAGGUCUAUCUCAUAGUGUCUUUUUUGCCAUUGUUAGCUAGCUAACUAGCCAAUAAGCAACUGACAAUUUCUUGCUAGCGACCUAGUUAAUAAGAACUGAAAAUUAAUGAUAACAAUUUAAUUAUAUUCAACUACUGGCAGCAACUACUACAGCUACAUAUUGCAGCUAAUCCGCAAAUCACAUAUGUAUUGACAUUGAUGAUAGUGAUGAUUAGCUGACUCAGGCUAGGCUAUAGCCAAACAAUCCCUUACACCAGUGGUUUACAACCUGUACAUAUUUCUCCUAGUUGUUGCUUUUUCCUUGUGACUUAUUUGUUAAUUGUACUACUUUAAAAAAAAAAAAAUUUAUAUAAAACAAUGACACAGCUGGUAGACAAAUGCAGACAGUGAUGAGGGGUCAUUGCAUUGUUUUAAAUGGUCAUAAGCCAAAAACAUUUGCUUUCACUUUGGGCUGUCGCCAACCACAUAAUGGUUUAAAAGUUUGUGAAACAUAAAUUAGCAUCUCAAAGCUUUUAUUUAAGUAACAUAGAUUCCACAUGGCAUUUGCCUUCCACCAGUAUCCUUGUUCUUUUAUUGGUACUGGAGAAGUCAGCCAUGAAGCAAUCAAACAACAAUGUGCUGAAACAAAACUACCGCCAGGUGUGAAACUGUAGAUUCUGAGGUUAUGUAGCAACACGCAAGCUUAGAAUAUCUAAACGUGAAAUCAGUCAGAUACAUCAGUUGAAAAAAGAUCAGUUUAUACUCAUGAACACAGCCAGUUUUACCCAAGUUCUGAGGACCCUCAGCAUAGUUAAUAGAGGUGGCAUUACAUUACAUAGUUGAAACCCCUCAACAUUAAAACACACAUACACAGAAAACUUUGUACAGAAGCUCUAUUUUAUUACAACAUUGUAUUUCAUAAGAUUGAGUAAUUCUGUUCACACAUUGUCAUUAUUAAUUUGCACUUUUUAUUUUGUAGUAUUUAUAAUUUCACCUCUUUGUUGUAUUUAUUAACUCAAUUGUAAACAGUUUGUAGAUAGCAUGUAGAUACACAGUGAUAUAUAGAUACUGAUAUAGUAGGUAUGAGAUUCUUGCCUAGUAUUUACAGUAUGUGACACUUCAGUGAUAACUUUGAGAAUGUCAUCAGUAAAGACAUGUACAUGGUACCUUAUGAGUGAACAACACAGCAAUAAUUGAGAGGGAAACAAGAUAACACAAGAGCACUUAGACAGGAAUAAAGUGCUAGAAACAGACUAAAAUGAAGCAAAUAAAAGUGUGAAAGUACAAAGCAAAUUAAAAUUUUAACAAAUUUGCUUUUAUUAAAUGUUGUGUUGUGCACUCUUAGGCCACCGUACAUGUAACACUGUCCAUGGUGCCAACUGCAGAAAGCUCCUUGAGCAGCUUGUUUGUACUCUUUUAUUGUGGCAGCUACUGAAUACUUUUGAUGCAGAAUAAAUUGUUUAGUGAUUAAUGUAAAAAAAAAAAGUGGCUUGAAAACAACAGAUAAUUGUCUGGCAGCUAUAUCUGGAUCUCUGUUACCUGGAGUGUUUGGUAUUGAGAUAUGCCGCGUUUGGACAUUCCAAAACCUCACUUUGUCCUUUUUCUAUGAAAUCUCAUGAAUGCAAUAAAACCAUUUUAGUCACUGUAUCUUUACAUAAUCACAGUAACAUGUAAGUUGGCUUUAGCAGUUUUUAUUCACUUCCUUAAAAAACAUGGCACAUUGACAAUUUGCUUUUGGAAUAAACAGCUUGGAACCUGGUCAUUUAGACAUAGAAUAUGAAGCCAACAGCGUAACAUCAUGUGUAUACUGUAUAUGCACUAAAUAUGUACCACUGAAGGGUUUCAUUUCAAAAUGCUGGGGUGAAAAACUGUUACUUUAAAGAGGUACUCUGGUAAUUUAGUACAGCUUGUCAUAAUGUUUAGUGACUCAGAAGAUACUUUAAGAAGUAUGGUCAAAAUUGAAGAAGCAGAGGCUGAGAUAUCCUGAUUUUAGGAGCUAGUAUGCUACAAAAACACUACAUCCUACAUUUCCCAUAAUGCAAGUCAGUAGCAUCUCUUCAUUAAACACUUCCAUGCCUCCUAAAUGCUGUGUUUCAAACUCAACAUCCUCAGUUUUUAAUGUAGGUUUUCUGUUUUAAAUCUUGUCUCCAAGCCUGAUGAUGUCACUAUGACAUCAUCAGACUUAAGAAAGAUCCUCUCAGAGCAAAAUUUUUAAAAAAAAGCAUUAUGUAACUAUUUUCACAGACUGAGUAGUACUCCCCAUGACAAGUACGUAUUGAGGUGUAACAUUUGUGGCUUCCUUAGCUUAGUCCUAUCACUGUAAAUGGACUCAGUUUCAAAUGUCUAAUUGGAAUGCAAUUCUGUAAUCAACAGUAAAAAGUUUUACCUUGCAACUUUUUUCUCAUCUCUGGUCUGUUGGGAGGUUGACCGAAAUCCCCAGAAAGCUCUCGUGUACAAUGACGAGUAUUGUUUUUAACUGGUUGUGCAGAAAGACAUGGCACUUGUGCUCUACACACAGUAUUAGUAGCCUCUCUUCAAAGCAAAUUUUUAUUGUCAAACUGUUGGUUGCAGAAUCAGACAUUGUUGAUGCUUCUG